AUGUUCCACCAUCCACCUCCCCGGCCCAUCCCAAAACUUAAAUUCCGUGCAAUAAUUUCUCUCCCCAACAAUCAAGAACAACCGCAGUCCCUCAACAACAUUGCUCAACUGCCGCCACGUGAAAAGUCUUUGCGAACCCUUGACACUCCGCACGACGAGAUAAAAGCCGUCGCCCAGCGUAUAUGCCAAUCUCUGUCGAUGGUCAAUGUCGAGAACGGGAAAGGUAUCCUCACCUUCAAUCUCGAUGGCUUCGGCAAUGUCAUGCUGUAUUACGGCGAUAAGACCACCCAUGCUCAUGAGGUCAAGGCGGUGGCGGGGACUCGUGAGUUGUUAAGUAAUGUUAGAUCUGAAAUGUUGCUUGGAUGCUUUGCAGCUGCCAAGGAGUUGGCCGCAGCGCUGCUUAGCAGAGAGAUGAAAAUUGCAGUUGACAAGAUAGUGGAGAGCAUGAUGGUUGGCUUGAAUAGUAAAGAAUUUGACAUCGACAGCGUUGGUGGAUGGAAUCUACCGCCAAGGGAAACGCAACAGGUCUAUAGGCGCGAAGGCUCUACAGGGUGCUACUGGCUGAGGAUUGGCGACAUGCGAAAUGAGAACCAAUCGCUAUAA